CCUGCUCGUAAUCAUUUCCCUACUGCAUGCUGUUACGGAUGGAAAGGGACUUGCGUGGCGCCCCUGGGACCCUGCCUCCCCCUUCGCUUCCACGUUUGGCACGUCUGGCUUCAGGCCGGAAGCCGCGGUUGGGAGGCUGGCGUCACGCUGAUCUGACAAAAUCAAAGCUGCAGGAAAAUGGACAGUGAGGUACAGAGAGAUGGAAGGAUCUUGGAUUUGAUUGAUGAUGCUUGGCGAGAAGACAAGCUGCCUUACGAGGAUGUUGCAAUACCACUGAAUGAGCUUCCUGAACCUGAACAAGACAAUGGUGGCACCACAGAAUCUGUCAAAGAACAGGAAAUGAAGUGGACAGACUUAGCCUUACAGUACCUCCAUGAGAAUGUCCCCCCCGUUGGAAACUGACACUCGGCUCCUUAUGAAUGGAUUUUUUUUAAAUACAUAGAUAUAAAAUGUUCUUUUAGUCUCCUAA